GCCUCGUUUCUGUGUGCUUGACGCUCGCACAAGUGUACGCGUGCCGGUAAUAAACCGUUGUUUGGCAUAACGGUCGUUCCAUUCGAUCUUCCUCGCUCUUUAUAUAUAAAUUUUACGUUCUAACUAUUAAAUCAAACAUCGUGUGGAACGAGAUUACCUGUACGAAACUCUAAGGAAACAGUGAAAGUGUGUCUAUCGUUAAGAAAGCGUCAAACCCCCAGUAAAUCCAACAAAUUCAAGAUGGCUGACGUCGCCGAGAAUGCAGCGUUCACCGACCCGGCAACUGCGAUCUCCCACGGGAAACGGCACUUGUUAGUGCGGGAUUACACCAUGGCUGUGGCCGCGUUGGCGCAAGCCUGCCAGCUGCUGGCCGAAAAGCACGGGGACACCGCGGACGAGCUGGGCGAGCCUUAUCUCCUCUACGGUCGCGCCCUUCUCGGUUUGGCCAGAGAGGAAGCCGGAGUGUUGGGUGGCGCGGUGCCAGGAUCAGAGGAAGCGGAGGAGGACGAGGACGAAGAUGAAGAGGAGGCCGAGGACGAGAAGCUGAGUAACGUGGACGAGAAAGACGAAGAGGAGGACGACGACGCUGGUGCUGCCGAGGGAAAAGAGCAAGAGGAGGCCAAGCCAGAGAAAUCGAAACCGGAGGAAUCCGCGAAAGCGGAAGAACCAAAGAAAACAGACACAGAGGAAGUAACUAAGCCAGAAUCGGAGAAAAAGGAGGAGAAGGCAGAGGCCAGUGGCGAGAAACAGGAACCGGAGAAGUCGGAUUCGAAUAAGACCGACGACAGCAAAGCCACGGAACAGAAGCAAAAGGAAGAGGAAGAGAAGCCUGCGGCUGGCUCUAGUAAAGAGACGAAUCACGCCAAUGGACCAUCCAGUUCUAGCGAACAGAAUGGUGAUGUGAAGAAGAACGCGGAGGAUGAUUCCGAGGACAUUGGGAAGGAGGAUGAAGAAGAUGAAGUUAAUAAUUUACAGGUAGCCUGGGAGGUCCUGGAGUUAGCGAAGCUGGUGUUACUGAAGCGAGGGGAGCCCGGUUGGAAGCUUCUAGCUGAUGCUUAUCGGCUUUUAGGGGAAGUAGCCAUGGAAGGAGGGAACUUCCAAGGUGCUCUGAACGAUCUGCACAAGUGUCUGGAGCUUCUGCAACAGAUUGAGCCACGGGAACCGAGGGCGAUAGCGGAGAUCCAUUAUCAGCUCGCGCUGGCUCAUUCCCUGGGCAACGAGUUCGAUUCUAGCAUAGACGAAUUCAACAAAGCCACAGAGCUGUUAGAGGCACGCAUCAAAGAGCUGGAAGAGAUGAAAGAACCACCGAAAACCGAGGAUUCCUUCUACACCGUCGAGGGAGAGAUCCAGGAGCUGAAAGAACUGCUGCCGGAGAUCAGGGAAAAGAUCUCCGACAUGAAAGAUUUCAAGCAGGACGCUUGCAAACUGGUGAUAGAGCGUAUUAAAAUUAAAGUUGCUGGCGGAUGUUCGAAUGGAGCCGGUCCAAGCGGUAGUGAUUCAGGUUCCACGCCAAAAAUUCAAAAGCCGGCGAGUGAUAUAUCGCACCUGGUGCGCAAGAAGCGGAAAGCCGAUGAACCGGAAACGGAGACCGCGUCGCCGUGCAAAAAGCCAACGCCGGAAAAAGCCGUUUGAAGACUGGUUCGGUGCAUUUUGGAACACUCUUGAUCGUUACUUUGUUUCGAGGGGUGAUCUACUAAAAACUGUACCACUCUGAAAAUUUGAAGAGUUGGACCAAGAUAGGGUUAAAAUGCUGCAUUCAGCGCGAAAGAACGAUUCGAUCAUGUGAAAGAUAUUUUAACGCAAAGUAGACUGGAAUCGCUCUCAGACUUUUCGUUCCUUUCUUUUUUAUUCGAUGAUUAUACUCACCAUUGUGUUUUACUUUAUCCUUUUCAUUAAUGCCUGUUUAUUUAUUUUACCUAAUAAGUGUCUCGACAGUGAAGACAAGCUAUGAAUUACUGUCCAAAUGGAAUUAAACUCUUAUCUUUCUUAGGAUUUCAAUAUCAAGGAGUAAGGUUGUUCUUGUAUAAAUCUGAUUAAUAAACGUUAAAUGAUGAUUUUUUCUAAAUGUUCAGAAAAGAG